AUGUCCCGGACACAGAAUCAGGUCAUUUACGCUCCUUCAAACGAAGCUCCGCGCGGCGUGAAGUCCGUCUUUCUCGCUGGCACCACCAACAAAGUUGACAAUCGCGACUGGCGUGAGCUUCUAUCUACCGCCCUCUCCGACGUGCCUGUCACAAUCUACAACCCGUGCCGCUCUGAUUGGGAUGGCUCAUGGCACGAAGACAUCGACUUUGCACCUUACCGCGAGCAGGUGGAGUGGGAACUCGAAAAGCAGGAGGAAGCGGACAUUAUUGUUAUUUUUUUCCACCCAGCUACCCAAGCGCCGGUUAGUUUGCUCGAAUUGGGGCUCUGUGCUCGGGUACCAGGAAAGGCUAUCGUUGUCUGUCCCGAGGGGUAUUGGAAAAGGGGGAAUGUGCAAAUUGUGUGCAAGAAAUUUGGUGUUGAAAUGGUGGACACUGGUGAGGGGCUGAGAGAGGCGGUUGUGAAGAGGUUGGCUGUUGGUUUGUGA